UUGAUGGUCACGUUAACAAAGGCGCAUAAUUACAAAGAAGAAGAAGAAGAUAAAUUGUAUUGUGCUCACACCACAAUUGAUUAGUUCACCUUAUAUGGUUAAUUAGAAAAGAAUGCGUUGUGAUAGACGACAACAAGGUAUAAUUAGUGAUAUAAUUCUAUCAACAAGGAAAGUCAACAGAUAGAUAUUGACAGACAAACUCUAAGAUUAUUUCAUUAUAAUUGUUUUCAUAAAGUAUUUUUCACAAUAAAGGAACCAUAUUUGGUUUAUCCGGAUUCAAAUGGAUGUGAUGAUUAUGUGUAUUAUUCAACCACCUAAUCCUGAUUGAAUAUUCAAGUUACAGUCUUCAAUCCAUCUCUGAGUAUACUACACAUGACUCAAGGCAUUAUCGAAACAAUCUACACAGGAUGUAACAUAUGCCAAUAGGAGAUAAAAUUUUAAGUGAUGAUUUACUCUUUCAUCUUGUUUGUUGGUCAUUGUACUUACCAAGCUAUUUGACUGUCAGACCGUUUGUGGACGUAUGAAAGAUGUCAAAUAUGAAAAGAUAAUUUCUCAAAAUACUUCAUACAGUUAUUCUGAUCAUUAUGAAUAUUUUCAAAGAAUUCAUCUUGAUCAGCCCAAUCCUAUUAAAAGUGGAACUUUUGUCAAGAGUGAAAUUUCUUCUGAAGUGGUUAAACCUAAAUUCCAGUUUAAAUAUUACGGUGAAAUAGUCAAUGAAUUGAAAAUCAUAAAGCCUGGCUUUUUGCAACUUAACGGAGACGGCAUAAAAGGAAUAAUGAAAAUCUUUGAAAAUAUCACAUUUGAAGACACACUCGAGAUUCUGAAUGAAAAUGUAAAAGGUCAAGUAACUUAUCUGAUAUAUCCGAAUGGGAAGAUGUCUAUUUACUUUGAGAAUAUACCCAAAGAAAUUGAUGAAAGUAAUUUACAGUCGUUGAUUUAUUAUCUACAUCGUUGUAUAGAUGAUAAACAGAGAAUUUAUAUUUUCGAAUCGUACAAUCCAAUUAACGUUCCAGUGCACUUGAUCAAACAUCGUACUUUGGUGGAGUUUGAACCGAAUACAGAAACUUGUUACAUUAAAGAUUCAAAAGAAACAUGUCUAUCUGCAUCUAAACCGAAUAUGAAAUGUUAUUGGUGUUCAAAAGCUAAUAAAUGUACUAAUGGUCUUGAUACACAUAUUGAUCAUUGGAUGGAAAAUGAUUGUAAACCCACUAAAUCAUCGGUUUACCUAUAUGCAUUGAUACCAUUAGUUUUAUGUUUCCUAAUUGUAUGUGUUGGAUUUGUCAUAUGGUUUAAAUUAUCUAAAGGAUAAUAAAUGUAAUUCAUGAUCUACAGAAACAUCUUCACAGAUGAAUAGAACUAUAUUUUGUAAUUCAUUUCAAUAGUUUAGAUAUUAGUUUGUGCAAUGAUUAACACUUUUCUAUGAUCAAUUAUGUGAUGUUAUGUUUGCUUUGUUUUGUUUUGUUCGCUUUGUUUUGUUUU